AGUCUUGGGUCUGGCCAUGCCUGAACCUGCAAAGUCUGCGCCGGCUCCCAAGAAGGGCUCCGAGAAAGCCAUCAGCAAAGCCCAGAAGAAAGAUGGCAAGAAGCGCAAGCGCAGCCGCAAGGAGAGCUACUCCAUCUACAUGUACAAGGUGCUGAAGCAGGUCCACCCCGACACCGGCAUCUCGUCCAAGGCCAUGGGCCUCAUGAACUCCUUCGCCAAUGACAUCUUUGAGCGCAUCGCGGGAGAGGCGUUCCGCCUGGCGCACUACAACAAGCGCUCCACCGUCACGUCCCGUGAGAUCCAGACGGCCCUGCGCCUGCUGCUGCCGGGCGAGCUGGCCCAAGCACGCCUUGUCUGAGGGCACCAAGGCGGCCACCAAGUACACUGGCUCCAAGGG